AUGUCUCAAAGGGAUACAGCUAUUCAUCUGGUUGCCGGAGGGGUAGCAGGUACAGCGGGAGCAGUAGUUACCUGCCCUCUAGAAGUUGUAAAGACGCGUCUGCAAUCAUCUAAAGGUGUGGUCGUUCCACCACCACCCCCACCAUCCUCAAAUACUACUAGUUCUAAAAGAGUCUGUUCUAAAAUCCCAAAACACCAGAUUCAUUACCAUUGUUCAAGGUUCAGUAAUGAUGAUGAAUUAAUAAAGAUUAAUGUUAUCAAUAUUAAAGUUAUAUCACGCAGAAGUACUUUUGGAAAAGGCAAACAGACUCAAGUUAAAUUAUGA